AUGACGGCUGCAGCCCCGACCCCAACGAGAAGCCCUCAGCCGCGUCGCCCCCGUCUCCUCGAACUCCCCUUUCGACCGCCGAGUGCCACACGGCGCCUGCGCAUGCGCAUCUGGCAACACGCACGCGUAUUGCCCUGCCCAACCACGAGCGAGGGAGCGUGCGCAAUACCAAGAACUUUUCAGCCUCCAGCGGGGUGGGGCUUCGACUCGGCUCCGCCCACCCCUCCAGGUUGUCAUAGUGAUGCCGUAUCCACUGAGACUCCGGAUCCUAACAGCUGGAAGCUAAAAACAGGCGCCAUGGAGUACACAGGGAGCAAAUAUAUCGGGGAAUAUGUAGAUGGGAGGAUGGAGGGCAAAGCCAAGUACAUCCUCCCUACCGAAACAAUAUAUGUUGGGGAAAUGAAGGAUGGCAUGUUUCACGGCGAAGGAACCCUGUACUUCCCCAGUGGAAGCCAAUACGACGCCAUUUGGGAAAACGGAUUGGCCAUAAAGGGCACAUAUACCUUCGCAGAUGGGCUGCACUAUGAUGAGAAGAACUGGCAUUACUGCGACGGCUAUGAUCGGAGGUUUUACACAGAGAUCCUCAAUGGCUUGAAGCCUGCAGGUAUGGCUCAACUCACCAAUAUGGACCCACCUAGAAAAAUCCCCAGGGGCUAUUACGAUUGUGGAGACGGCUUCUAUAACCCAGUAACGAGGGUAGUCAAGGACUAUAGGAACCGCUUUCUAAGAAACACAGGUCUUUGGUCUGAACCAACAAUCCAUUACUACUAAUCCAAGACACCCCAAAUCCUGGUGCUUGGUUCACCUCUCAAAUAUACUCACUGAACCCUCCUCUUGCCACACGACGCCCUCGUCUCCAGCUCAGCUCCUGGCCCUGCCACACAGUGACCUCGGAUUGCAAAUGAGCAGCCACAGCUCCGCCUUCCAGCCGGGCUGGAGGUUUUGUUGUUUGGGGGUCGGGGGACUUGUCCUUCAGAUGAGCUUGACAGCUGAGCAGGUGUGCAACCGGUUUGCCAGUCGCUGGUGGCGCCAAACACCCUUUUCCCGGGGCAUGGAGCCCAGUUUCCAUUCCUUUAGCACGGGAGUGCGCAGAGGCGGCUCUGACAGCUCAUUCCACCGAGAGAGGGAGCGGGAGCCCAGCCGAGCCCCUGUGCGCACAGCAGGUAUGGCACUCGGUGCACGGUGCCCUGGAGUCCGCAGCGAGUGCUCGGGGAGGCAGAGAGCGCUCGGCGUGGGCGGCACCCGCAGGCGCUGCCUCCCCAGGCUGCCCCCAUACCCGGGCCCGCGCGGUGCCGGCGGGGCCAUUUGCGCAGCCGCCCGCACACGACCCCUUGCUCCACCCGGACAAAGCGCCCAGGGCCAUCCUGAGUCCCUGCAGGGUCAGGGCCUGCGGAAUCGCGCGGUCUUUGCCCCACAAAACCACUGUGUGCUGGAAGAGCGCUUUGUCCGCUUUGCCUCGAAACUGGACCCGCGCAUCUGAGCCUGCGUUUCCGUUUCCCCGAGAGACCCCGGACUCCCUCCCCAAAGGACAGGAACGCAACGCACUGGCAGAGCUCGCUGAUUGGAUGGGGCAGAGAAGUGGGCGGAGUGAGCACUAGGAGAUCCUGUCAUUGGAUAAGAAAGAGAAGUGGGCAGGGUGGGCACUGGUAGAGUCUCUACUGGUUGGAUAGGAGCGAGAAGCGGGCGGGGCUAGCACUGAGAUCCUGCAAUUGGACGGGCAUGAAGUAGGUGGGGCGAGCACUGAGGAGACCCUGCCAAUUGGACAAGAGAGAGAAGUGGGCUGAGUAAGCAUUGGUAAAGCCUGCUGAUUGGACAAGAGACAGGAGUGGUAGGAGCAAGGACUGCGGAGAAGGCUGCUAUUGGAUGUUAGGGAAAAGAGGGCGGAACAAGAAGGUGGCGAGCUCUGCAGAUUGGACAGGAGAGAUAAGCAGGAGGAGCGAGCAAUGAAUGGAGCCAGCGGUGAAAAGAGCCCUGAUAAUUAGACAGGGGAGAGCAGUGGAACCAGAAUACAGGUUACGGUCACGGUGACAGCCAGAAAGGAAAUUCCAGCACGGAUGCCGACCGCACCAACCCAAAACUAUGACCCGAGUCCUAACCCACCUAACCCGGCCAAAACCGAACACCAAACCCUGACUAAAUGCGAAACGCUGACCCGGACCUGGACCCGGACCUAGUACGAACCCAAGCCUGAACCCUAACCCCUAACCCCUAACCCCUAGUCCUGAUCCUAGACCCUAACCCCGACCCUAAACCCUGACCCUGACCCUGAAGGGGGACAUAGAGGAAAGAGAUUGAGAGGUUUGCAUAUUCAAUGACAUACAUUUUCUUCGUUAGUCGAUGUUAGAAAGCAAAGGCUUUUAUCUUGAGAAAUUUCUGACCUAAAGAAUGAUGUACAAUAAACUGUAUUCAACAA